AUGUCGGUCAAUAUUUUUGGAGACCAGGUCACUGAGGAGCGUGCUGAGAACGCGCGGCUAUCGUCGUUCGUCGGUGCCAUUGCGGUGGGGGAUUUGGUGAAGUCCACCUUGGGUCCCAAGGGGAUGGAUAAGCUUUUGCAGUCUGCUUCUUCUGGAGACUCGUUGGUCACUAACGACGGUGCCACGAUCUUGAAGGCGAUUCCGUUCGACAACCCGGCCGCCAAGGUGUUGGUCAAUGUGGCCAAGGUGCAGGACGAUGAAGUUGGCGACGGAACCACGUCGGUGACUGUUCUGGGCGCCGAGCUGCUUAGAGAGGCGGAAAAGCUCGUUGACCAAAAGAUCCAUCCGCAAACCAUCAUCGAGGGCUACAGAAUCGCGUCGCGGGCCGCUUUGAAGGAGCUCGAGGGCUUGGCAGUCAACAACGUCGACGACAAGGCCAAAUUCAGAAAAGACCUUACGGAUAUCGCCAAGACCACUUUGUCGUCCAAGAUUUUGUCGCAGGACAAGGAGUACUUUGCCAAGCUGGCGGUCGACGCCAUUCUGAGACUGGGCGGCUCCACGAACCUGGACCGGAUCCAGAUCAUCAAGAAAGUCGGCGGCAAGCUGUCGGACUCGUUUCUGGACGAAGGGUUUAUUUUGGACAAGCGGUUUGGCGUUGGCCAGGCCAAGGUUUUGAAAAACGCGAAAAUCCUGAUUGCUAAUACCUCAAUGGACACAGACAAGGUGAAGAUCUUCGGAGCCAAGUUCAAGGUCGACGCCACAAGCAAACUGGCCGAGCUGGAGCGGGCAGAGAAGGAGAAGAUGAAGGCCAAGGUGGAAAAGAUCCAGAAGUUCGGCAUCAACUGUUUCGUCAACAGACAGCUGAUCUACGACUGGCCCGAACAGCUGUUUAGCGACGCGGGGAUUGCCACCAUCGAGCACGCCGAUUUCGAAGGUGUGGAGAGACUCGCGUUGGUCACCGGCGGUGAGGUGGCUUCCACGUUCGACAACCCAGAAAAAGUCAAGCUCGGGUACUGCGACUCGAUUGAAGAGGUGAUUAUUGGCGAGGACGUCAUGACCAAGUUCUCGGGCGUUGCUGAAGGCCAGGCCUGCACGAUCGUGCUCAGAGGAGCCACCGAGCAGGUGCUGGACGAGGCAGACAGAUCUCUUCACGACGCUCUUUCGGUGCUAUCACAAACCACUAGAGAGACCCGGACGGUGCUGGGAGGCGGGUGUUCCGAGAUGAACAUGGCCCGCGCGGUGGAACAGGCCGCCCAGAAGGAGAGCGGCAAAAAGUCGCUAGCCGUGGAAGCCUACGCCAGAGCCCUGAGACAGCUUCCGUCGAUAUUGUGCGACAAUGCGGGAUACGACUCCAGCGAGCUUGUUUCGCGUCUGCGGUCGUCCAUCUACAGUGGGAUGACCAGCUCGGGACUCAACCUGAACGACGGGUCGGUCGACGACAUGAGAAGCCUGGGAAUCGUGGAGAGCUACAAGCUGAAACGGGCCGUUGUGUCGUCUGCCUCCGAGGCAGCAGAGGUGUUAUUGAGAGUGGAUAAUAUUAUUCGUGCCAAGCCAAGAACGGCGGAUCGCGGAAUGCACUAG